AAUUUAUGAUCUUCACCAACAAGGUUGUGCUGCUAACUGGCGCCGCGUCAGGUAUUGGCGCUGCUACAGCAGUUCGUUUUUCGGAACUUGGUGCCCAAUUGGCUAUUGUUGAUCUGAGCGUCGAGGGUCUUAAAAAGACGGCUGAGAAUUGCAUAAAAUGUGCCAAGUCAAAAGAUCAGGGCGAACCACUUCAAAUUAAAGGAGACGUUAGUAAGCCGGCAGAUUUGGAAUGCAUUGCCAAGUCCACGCUAAACAAAUAUAAAAAACUCGAUGUGUUGGUAAAUAAUGCUGGUAUUAUGGAGGAUGGUACUAUUGAGAACACAUGUCUGGAGCAGUUUGAUCGCAUGAUUCACACCAAUUUACGUUCGCAAUUUUAUUUGUCUUUAUUAUUGGUACCGGAAUUGUUGAAGACCAAGGGUAAUAUUGUGAACACAUCUAGUAUAUGCGGCAUGCGUUCCUUCCCCAACACACUGGCCUACAACAUAUCCAAAGCGGGCGUAGAUCAAUUUACGCGCUGCGUAGCAUUGGAACUUGGCGAGCGUGGUGUGCGCUGUAAUUGUGUGAAUCCAGGCGUGAUUUAUACGAAUUUACAAAAACGAUAUUUAGAUGAGAAUGGCUACAAGGAGUUUCUUAAAAAAGCCAAAUACACACACGCAUUGGCACGCUAUGGUCAACCAAAUGAAGUAGCCAAUGUAAUAUGCUUUCUAGCAAGUGAUUUGGCAAGUUUUAUUACUGGUCACAAUAUACCUGUUGAUGGUGGGAGACACGCUAUGACACCGCGCUAAGUGACAAAAAAAGUGAUAGUCAAUUAUACUGUGAAGUCGAUCGCCAACAAACAGGAAAUAUAUGUUUAUCGAAUUUGAGCAACUACA